UGCAGCUGCACAGACAGUCGGGGUAACGUGACUGUUUUCAACCCCGAAAAUGGUCAAAUCGGGUAAACUUCGAUCUGGGACAGGGUCGAAACUCAAACGGUGGAAGAAAGGACACAGUAGCGACUCAAACCCGCAGACGAGCCGCUUUCGGCAGGCUGCUAAAAGCCGCUUCUUCAGCCGACCCACCGGAAACGGUGAUCUAACAGUUGAUGCUCUUAAACUACACAAUGAGCUGCAGACAGGUCCGCUGGAGCUCAGUGCAGGCAGCCGGAAAGAUGCCUUCAUGGAAGAGGAGCCAGAUGAGGCGUUAUCAGAAAGAACCUCAGGCACCUUCCUCAGCGGCCUGUCAGACUGCUCCAACCUGACCUUCAGAAAAGUGCAGCGUUUCUGGGAGUCCAAUUCAGCUGCUCACAAAGAGAUCUGUGCAGUUUUGGCAGCUGUUACUGAGGUGAUCCGAGGUCAAGGAGGAAAAGAGACUGAAACAGAGUACUUUGCUGCUUUGAUGACCACCCUGGAGGUUGUGGAAUCAGGAGAGUCACAGGCUGCGGUGGCGUACCUCCUCAACCUCGUCAUGAAACGGGUUCCUGCUCCGGUGCUCAUGUCCAAGUUCUCGGACACCACCAAGGCUCUGAUGGAUGUUAUGUCCAAACAGGCCACAUCUGAGACCGCCUCGGCCCUUAGAUGGAUCCUGUCAUGUCUGGCCACUUUGUUGAGGAAGCAGGAUGCAUCCGUCUGGACUUAUCCGUCCACUCUUCAGGCUUACCACGGCCUGCUCAGCUUCACAGUGCACAGCAAGCCUAAGGUCCGUAAAGCAGCACAGCAAGGUGUUUGCGCCAUUCUCAGAGGUAGUGACUUCCUGUUUACAGACAAUGCGCCAACCCAUCACCCUGCUGCAGUGACCACAGCCAAGUUCUGCAUCAAAGAAAUGGAGCAGGCAGGAGGCAGCAAAGAGGACACCACUACACUUCAUGUGCUGGGUCUUCUAAAGGAGUUGAUGGGGACGUUUCCUCUGGGAGCUGUCAAGUCCUGUUGUGAGACUCUGCUGCGAGUGAUGACACUCAGCCAUGUGCUGGUGACGGCGAGUGCUAUGCAGGCCUUCCAUAAGCUGUUCAGCGGGAAGCCCAACGCUUCGACGCUCUCACCGGAACUCAACGCACAGAUCAUCACGGCUCUGUAUGACUACCUGCCCAGUGAGAACGACCUGCAGCCUCUGCUGGCCUGGCUCGCUGUCAUGGAGAAGGCACACAUUCAUUUGGCGGGCUUGCAGAGUUCUCUGAGUUUGGGUCACCUCCCUCGCCUCUUCUCUGCCGCCAUGUCCUGCCUGUUGUCGCCUCACACACAGGUGGUUUCUGCAGCCACCAACACACUAAAGACUUUGUUGACUGAAUGCAUUUCCCCUUGCUUGGAUGAAAUGGGCGUCAUCAGUGCCACAGCCUCUGCAGGAAAUCCCUCUUAUGUCUGCAAAAUGUUUCGCAUCAUAGAAGAAGGAUUGUCUUAUCGCUUCCAUGCCUCCUGGCCGUUUGUGCUGCAGAUCCUUGGCUGCUUUUAUCGAGCUGCAGGGAAACAAGCUCACCCCAUCAUGACCAAGUCCCUGCAGUCUCUGGCAGACCUGCGCUCCACUCCUCAGUUCCCCUUCAGUGGAGAGUUGGACCUGGCUGUAGGAGGAGCUGUAGAGAGCAUGGGGCCUGAAGUGGUGCUCGGGGCUGUGCCUCUCAACAUCACCGGCUUCAAUGAUGACUUGGAGUUCCCACGGAGCUGGCUGGUCCCGGUCAUACGGGAUCAUGUGAAGAACACUCACCUUGGUUUCUUCGCUUCUUAUUUCCUCCCUCUGGCCUCCACACUCAAGCAGAGAGCUGAAGAGCUGGAGCAAGCAGGACAAAAACUGGAAGCCAAAGUCUACCAGACUUUACAGCUUCAGAUUUGGACCAUGCUCCCUGGCUUCUGUACAUGUCCCGUAGACCUGCUGGCAUCCUACAAAGGCAUCGCCCGCACACUUGGUAUGGCUAUCAGUGAGCGGCCGGACCUGAGGCUGAUAGUGUGUCAGGCUCUGCGCACCAUCAUCAACAAGAGCUGCUCCACAGAAGAAGAAAAGGCAGAAGUGGGCCGCUUCUCAAAGAACUUCCUGCCCAUCCUUUUCAACGUGUACAGCCAGCAGCCUGCAGCUGGAGAGUCCGGCACCUACAGGAUGGCGAUCCUGGACACCAUCAAAGUCUACCUAACUGUCACCGAAACGCAGAUGAGCUGCACUUUCCUGCAAAAAGCCACAGACAGACUGAGCAGCACAGACACCAAUGAGUUCACACGCCUGUCCAUGAUGGACCUUGUGGUUGCCAUGGCUCCCUUUGUAGAUGAGGUCACCAUGACUAAAACCUUUGAGCUGAUUAGGCCGUAUUUGGAGGCUAAAGAGCCGGGCAUGCAGAAGAAGGCGUACCGUGUGCUGGAGGAGAUGUGCGGAGGAGAGAGGGAUGAGUGUAGAUCUUUUGUCGUGGCUAACCUGGAAACCCUCAAAGUCGUCCUGCUCGAGACUCUGAAAAACGCGUCUUCACCAGCAAAGAGGCCGAGACUGAAGUGUCUGAGCCACAUCGUGAAAAGGCUCGGCGAAGAACACAAAACCUUUAUAACCGCACUGCUGCCAGAGGUGAUUAUAUGUACGAAGGAGGUUUCUGUCGGUGCUCGUAAGAACGCCUACAACCUGCUGGUGGAUAUAGGAAAGGCUUUUGUUCGCUUUUGUGGGAAUACAAAAGAUGCCAUGGAGCAGUAUCUGGUGUUGGUGUAUGCAGGACUCACAGGCUCCGUCACCAUGAUCACCUGUACAGUGUUGGCGCUAACUCGAUUAGUGUUUGAGUACAAAGACUCGAUAGAGGUGAGCACCAUGGAGCAGCUGCUGCACAAUGUCUGUGUGCUGCUGUCGUCCCGUACGAGGGAGAUAGUCAAAGCAGCACUGAGCUUCAUCAAGGUCAUCCUCUUCAUCAUGGAUCCCAAGACGCUGGCUUCACAUGUCACUGUCAUGAUGGAGGGCGUGGGGAACAUCACGGAUGAUGUGAGGAGGCACUUCAGAACGAAACUGAAGAACAUCUUCACUAAGUUCAUCAGGAAGUUUGGUUUCGAGCUGGUGAAGAGCAUGCUGCCUGCAGAGCACCACAAGGUGCUCGUAAACAUCCGCAAGGCUGAGGCUCGCACCAAGAGACGGAAGCAGGCCACAGAGCAGCACGAUGACUCCGAGAGCGAAGAGGAGGCGCCUAAAACAAAGGGUGAAAGUAUUGAGGACAUCCUUGCGGAGUCAGACAGUGAUUUGUCAGAGGAUGAAGGAAAGGCUCCGAAGAAAGCAGGGAAACAGCAGAAAGGACGGGCGUGGCUCAAAGAAGGAGAAGAAGAUGACCCGCUCAACUUCCUGGAUCCCAAAGUUUCCCAGAGAGUGCUAGCCACCAACCCAGAGCUGAGAAAGAGCGCUAAGGUCGAGCACGGCUUUAAAGUGACCUCAGAUGGACGGCUGAUCAUUAAAGAAGACGAAGAGGAGGAUGUAAAAGACAAAGACGAGGGAGAGAUGAAAGAUAUUCUAGAAGAGGCUGGAGUCAAGAGUAAAAAGUCUCAGAAGAGGAAGUUCCGAGACGACAACUUUGAUGAGGACAUGGACAUUGAGCCCCAAUUGAAAUAUAAAGCUGGAGGCUCAGGUAUCCACAGACCUCUUGGAGGUAGCAAAGACAUCGGAGCGGAUUACAAGUCAAAGAAAGGAAAAGGAGAUGUGAAGAAACAAGGAAAGCUGGAUCCUUACGCGUACAUCCCUCUAAAGAAGGCCCAGCUCAAUCGCAGGAAGCGCGCCAAGCUACAGGGCCAGUUCAAGGGCAUGGUGAGAGGAGCCCAGAAGGGGGCGCUGUCCGGAAAGAAAAUGCAGAAGAAAAAGAGGAAGGCCUGAGGCACAUACCUUGUAUAACUCAAUGGACUUUAAAUCUGUUGUGUGUGUGUGUGUGUGUGAUGGCGUGCGUAUAAACACUUACUAAAAUAUGGACAUACACCUUGGAUGUGUGUGUAUGUCUGUGUGUGUUUCUGACAGACUGUCCCUGAAGGUAAAACCGGUUUGUUUUUAAACUGUUAUCAGAGCUCAAGAAAUGCUCCAGUUGACAUCAUACAGCUUUCACCACAGUCAGUAAGUGUGUAUGAGUGUGUGUGUGUGUGUGUGCGAGUGCGAGUGCGUGUUUGAGACAAUAAACAUAUUGAAUGUGUUGUUCCUGCCUUGGUGGAUAUUGACUAAUCAAAUGGAAAAUCAUUCGUCUGUCAAAUAAACCACUCAAGUGUAAUCCUUAGUGUUUGCCUCAGAUGAAACUCUCACCUUCUGAUAACAUUAAAAAAAAAUGUAUGUGUUGGAAUAUGUAGACAGACUCGAGGGAGG